UGAAAUUUGUACACUGUACUUCUAGUUUCAGAACAGUAUGCUGUAGUGCAGUGUUCAGUCAACCAAGGUUAUCAUGAACAAUUACGAAAUAUCAGUUUCCCGUGGAACGAAGGGAUUUGGCCUAUCUCUAAUAUAUCGUGGCCUAGACAAAUUCCCGGCCCCCGAGACAGGAAUAUUCGUUGCUAGGGUAGUUCCAGGGGGCAGUUCGCAUAGGGCAGGAUUGCAGGAGAAUGACAAGGUUCUAAGGAUUAACAAGAAAGCUCCAAGAGAUGUGGAUGAAGCAGUGAAUAUCAUUAAGAAAGCUGGGAAGACGCUUCUUAUAACUGUUGGAAGGAAGCAGCCAGAUAUUAUUCAAGGAGACACCAAGCCAGCUCCUAGGCUUAGUGUUGUUCAACAACCUGCUCCUCUCUCCAGAUCCGGUUCUGUCAGGAGUAUUAACACACAGUUUGCACAGAGCCGCCCACAGACACCAGAUAGCUCUGAGGAAGAAGAUGAACGAAAUCAAGGAAAUUUUCAACAAAUCUUUUUUAAGUUUUCAUAAAUGAUUUGACAAAGAAACAAAAAUAUAUAGCUAAACGAAA